AUGACAGCAAAAGAGAGUUCAAUUUGGUUAUCAGUUUUGAGCCGUGAAGAAGCUCUGAUUUUACAGUCUAGCGGCGAUAAUGGCGGCUCGGGGAUCACCGGAACACCUUCCGGCGGUGGCCGGCCGGAAAAAACCCGCCCGGAAAACAGCUACGAUAGUGACUACGAUGUUGACGGGGUUGAAAACGGCGGCGGUUCGGUUUCUUCCAAAGACGACAGACGACGCGAUACACCGGAGGCGGCGGCGGUGCCGCUGGCGGCACCACCGCGUAAGAAGAGGAAACGGGAGAAGUCAAAGGUUGACCAAGUGGAACGGGACGGUGUUCCGGAUAUAAAUGAAAUGGAUGUAUCGUUGAUUGAAUAUCCGGUGUUGCCGGAAAAUCAUCCGCUAAUGACUGAUGCUGUCGCCGGAGUAGAAACUCCGGCGAACAUGGUUCUGUAUCCACCGCCACCACCACCACCACCGGUGGUGGUUCAAGAUUCCGAUUAUAGACCUCAGAGUUUAGUUGACUACCGCUUGUUUGUUCCGGUGAUUGAAGGGCGGAAUCCGGUGAAUGAGUUCCAGAUGAGACCGGAAUAUUCUUCAGAACCACCGGGAAAUGUAAACCCAAUUGUAAUCACAGGCGGUGGAAGUGGUGGUGGUGGUGGUGGUGUAGAGAUUGUUGAAAAAGAAGGAUAUAAUGAGGGACAAAUUUUGAUUUUCUGCUUGAUGAUGACCUCAUACAGUAUUUCGGAGCUUAAGUUUUCAAAAUUGUAUGAUGAAUAAUGCAAAGAUUAGAAGCAUGGCGUUAUUUGGCUGAUGUUUUCGAUACUUUAUAAAGAAUGUAAGGUUAUAGUUUUUUGUUUUUUUUGCCAAUUUUGGUGGUAGAAUAAUGAAUGAAUGAAUGAAUGAUCUGUAACAGUUGCAUGUAAAAUGGAUCUCUUUUUUCAGUUUUUGUGAUUAUUAACUUUUUUUUUUCUUUUUGGUUAAAAAAUUCCGUUAGAAUUUGGUGGUGUUAACAAAUGUAUAGCUUGUUUUGACGUUUUUAAAUAUUAAAUUAUCGUAUUUUAUAUUUAUAUAAUUUGUUUGAAAGUUAAAGCUCGAGUUGUACUUGUAGAUGCUUUUGUCAUUGACACUCUCGAGCUUUGCUUGAUUUGGUUC